AACACCAAGUGGCCCUAUUAAAAGGGUAUCUAAUCUUGAACAUUUAUGGCUCAACCACAUUUGCCACAUCUGUCCACGUCAACAUCUGAUGUUAUGGUAUUCCAGUAGUGUGUUCUGGCAGAGAAACAGACCACCAGAAUUACUGUAUCUGGUAGAUCUGGAAACUACUGGAGAUCCCCAUUCAUUAUCAGGGGAUCCAUUGGGUUUCCAGCAGGUUUCUGGCAUGAAAGUUGGUUUUCUGCUGAAAAAUACCACUGCUUGCAUCCAGCAGGCCCCUGAGGUGUCUGGCUAGAUCCCGUAAUUCCGGUAGUCAGUUCCAUUAUACCAUAAUUCAGAUGUGAGCUUAAGAUGAGAAUACCCCUUUAAAUGCCUCACAUUUAGCCUUUCUCCUAGAUUUGAUGGUUAUAGACAAUUUUGCUUCUAGACAAGUUUUGUCAGCUUCAACUUAUCCACAAUGUAGACUGAAUGUCUGUUGUCUUCUAGUCUACUGUAAUAACAGAAUAUCUUCAUGACCUCAUUCUUUAAUUUAGCAGCACAUAUAAUUUGCUAUUUAUCUACACAUGACAAUAGUUAAGCAUUUAAUUCAGACGUAUCCUGCUGCCGCCUUCAUGCCCAAACCUGUAGCUUUAGACUUGUUGGGAAUACAAAAGAUGUACAAACAAUCGGGAGCGAUUCCUGCGCUCUGCUCUGCUACAUCUCUAUGCAUGUAAUUGCUGCUACCUCAUGUAAAUACACAGUAUGUUUCACAUAUCAGGCACUGCUGCAAAGAGAAUCCAUGUAGAAGGUAAAGAGUUGACAGAAAGCAAAUGGUGUUAAAUGUUUCAAGUGUGUCCUGGAAUACUGCAAGUACAAAUAUGGAUGCAGACCUGCAUGUUAUUUCUCCAGAAUUCAUAAAGGAUGGCUUUCACAGUAACAUCACAAGCCAUGGAGGAAAUGCCACAACUCUCACAGAACUACUCAGGAUCAUCUUUCCUGUGGUAUAUCUCAUCAUUUUUCUUGGAAGCGUCAUGCUCAAUGGUCUUGCUGUCUGGAUUUUCUUCCAAAUCAGAAGCAAAACAAGUUUCAUUGUGUAUCUCAAGAACAUUAUGGGUGCCGACCUCCUCAUGACAGCAUCCUACCCAUUUAAAAUCAUCCAGACUUCUGGGAUUGCGCAUUGGAAUUUCAACGUCUACCUCUGUCGGUACACCAGUGUCUUGUUCUACACCAGCAUGUACAUUAGUAUUGCCUUUCUCGGACUAAUUAGCAUUGAUAGAUAUCUGAAAGUGGUGAAGCCUUUUGGUAGUUCAAAAAUGUACAGCAUUAAGUUCACAAAGAUGGUGUCUACGGGCGUUUGGCUAGUCAUGUCCGCGCUUGCCUUGCCGAAUGUCAUCUUGACAAAUGGCAAACCAACUAGAGACAAUGUCAAUGACUGCAUGAAACUCAAGACCCCUUUUGGAGUUCAGUGGCAUACAGCUAUUUCUUACAUUGAUAUGUUCAUAUUUUUUACUGUGAUGAUUAUGCUGAUCGCAUGUUACAUUUCAAUAUCCCGACAUAUACAGAAAUCUAGCAAACCCUUUGUCAGUUGCUCCAGUCGGACAAGAAGACAUAACCAGAGUAUACGUGUAGUUGUGGCCGUAUUUUUCACCUGUUUUUUGCCCUAUCAUCUAUGUGAGUUGCCUUUCCUGUUCGGCCAACUGGACUCAAUCCCGGAGCAACAAAUCUAUACCAUUCUGCUCUACUGCAAGGAAGGCACGCUGAUUCUCGCUGCCUGCAAUGUUUGCUUGGAUCCCAUUAUCUAUUUCUUCAUGUGCAGAUCAUUUUCUCACAGACUGUUCAACAGAUCCAGUAUUAGAUCUAGGAGCGAAAGCAUAAGAUCCCUGCAAAGUGUGAAGAAGUCUGAAGUGCGGAUAUACUGUGAUUAUACCGAGAAGGAACCAUGCUGCACUCUCUGAACGUUCACUUUGGACAUUUAGUGGCAGCUCUAUGUAUUAAGAGCAGAACAGGUCUCUAUUGAGGAGUCACACCGAGGCUGGUGAGGACUUUCUUGUGAUUACACAUGGUGGUGUCUCAGAGAACCGAUAGUUCAGACCCUGCAGUGCACAGUGAGAGAACAUCUGAAGGAACUCCUCAUCUGCUGGCAUAGGAAGGACCAGCUUCUUGUACUGGCACUAGCGAGUCAGUGGGAAUGAGUGACACUCGCAAAUUGGAGCACCACCCUAGGGACCUUGAAGCAGUGACACCCACUAAGCCUGCAAAGUGCAAGAUACAACGUUAAGGACAUGCGGGACUGUCAAAGUCGCCUUUCUGAAUGGAAAGCCAGUGGUGGGGCUGUCUCCACUAGAUGCUGAGUUCACCAGAAUGCUAGGUAGCAGCUAGUCACUGCCAAACCCAUGCCAAAGGCUUCCUGGGAACUUGUGCAAUCACAGCCCACUGCUGUAUAAUUCUUGACCUGUAGAGGUACAGUACUACGCCCUUCAAGGAACAGUUGACCAGGCACAGGAAAACUCAAGUGAGAACUUUGCAGGGUUGAAAUCCCCAGUCCCCAAAAAAGUAGCUCUACAGGUUAUAGUGUUACCGCAACUUGGCAUGGACAUAUUACCAACUGGAAUAAAGUUUUG